AUGGCAGAACAAGGUGAAAAUAUGAAUAAAUCUGAUUCUACUUCGGAGCCUAAUCAAGACGAGUUGAUCCUAGCGCAGCAACGGCAGAUCGAAAAAGAGAUUUCAGACUCGAUUCCUCUAGUGGGCGACAAAGAAUUAAUAACAUCAUUAAAUAAUGAAUAUUCCGCCGACAACAUUUACCUAGAAAAAGUCAGAGACCUCGCUACGAAAUAUAAAUUUAUUAGGCGAACUAGGCCAGACGGUAAUUGCUUUUUCAGGGCCUUUAGUUACGCUAAUAUUGAAAGACUGCUCGGUAAGCCCGAUGAAUUUGAAGCUUUUUACAAAGUAGCUGAAAAUAGUAAAGAUGGUUUAGUCAAGUUGGGAUUCCAACAACUCACCGUUGAUGACUUCUACGAUACGUAUAUGGAAGUGCUUAAAAGACUAAAAAAUAUCGAAAAUCUCAGUGAAGCAUACAAAGAACUGCAUUCCGUAUUUAAUGAACAAGGUUUUUCCGAUUACAUGGUAGUUUAUCUUCGACUCCUUACUAGUGGACAAUUACAAAAAGAACACGACUUUUAUAGCUGCUUCAUCGAAGGCGAUAGAACUGUAGCAGAUUUCUGCCAUCAGGAGGUGGAACCGAUGUAUAAAGAAAGCGAUCACAUCCACAUAAUUGCAGCGUGUGCAGCAUUACAAACCGGUGUCAAAGUCAUUUAUAUGGACAGAGGCAUAGGAAAAGCCUGCACUGAACACGAUCUACCCGAAGGGACUUCGCCCACAGUUCAUUUAUUAUACCGUCCUGGUCACUACGACAUUCUGUACCAAUAA